AUGAUGUCUGGCUGGACUAAACACUGGUCUGUUUUUGCUCAGUUUGCCAGGGCUAAUAGAGCUCAACUUUUCAAGACCUAUUGUCUCGUUCCAAUCGGGAUCAUUUUAACGCUGUGCAUACUUUAUGGGGUGGAUCGUCUGAUCAAGAAUGUGAUCAAAGUGACAUUUCCCUCGAGUGUGGCUGUGAUGCUCAUUAAUUUCGCUUUCAUGUGCAUCCUCAGCUCCUGGAGGAGGCCCUACGCUGAAUAUUACGUUAGAGUCAUCGAUGUCCCGCUCAGCUGGAGCCUUCGCUGGAUGAACCUGUUUUUCACACCUGCAUUCGUCACACUUCCUCUAAGUGAGUGGAUCUCUUUCAAGGAGGCGAUGCUCAUUGUGGCUGUCUUUGUCAUUGGCUAUCUGUCAACCUUCGUGUUUCUUGCGUACAUCACAAUCCUGGGACAGAAGCUCUUUGGGAGUAGGAGGUUUAUCAGCCUGUUUGUGAGGCAGGAGGAACUAGAGAAUGGCAUGGAAGUCGGCUCAAGGUUCACCAAGAUAUCGCGAUCGCGAGCAUCUAGUGGUUCUGAGGGUCAGCCCUCAGCGGACUCAGAUGUCCGCAGUUUUCGGGCGGUCAACAGCGACACCGCGUCGGAUCUAAACGUUCUAUCCGAUAUCGCUAGUAAUUCUGGCUUGUCUCCACCCAGGUCGAGGGCGACAUCCACUGCACCCUCUGCAGUAAAUGAAAGCAUACCGCUGCAAAGCCCUGUUGGCGCAUCUCAAUCUUCUGCAGAGUAUCAGACGCACGCUAGGGAUAGAAGAGGAAACAGAGGAUUUUUGAGAUCUCCAGAGAGGAUUAAUGUGCGGACCCCGGAACCAACUUACUCUGCAAGGAGGAUGAGCGAAGUUGCGGUCGACGACAAGGGCACUAGUCCAUUGAUAUGUCAGCGCGCAAUUACUAGGCAAUUUUCCCAGCAUAUUGAUUACAUGUUUUCUAUUAACAUGUGGGACAAUCACUUGCAUCACAUACUCUACGGAUUGGGGUUUCUUGCCACCAUAUUUGCUUACUACUUUUCUUGGUAUGUUAUGCCAUUCCAAUUCUUUACAGCCGUGUGUGCCUUUAUGAUCAUUGUGGAUUUUCCGUUCAACAUAAAUCCAGGCAUCAAAAAGUUCUUACAUCCGGUCAUUUGCUCUGUGGCCCUUACCUGGAUAGUGAUGCUAGUGUCUGUGAUGAUUAAGCAUCAUAAAGUCUCCUACUUCUUGCGAGAGCUUAAGGACUACAAAACCGGCAGAACAUAUCUGCACCUCUUUGACAACGACCAGUUUGCUUACCACGUGUGGCCAGGUGCUGGCGACAUUUUCAGUACUUGUAUGGAUGUGUCCAUUGUAGGGCUGUCAAUGCCCAUGUAUACACACAGGCUUGAUCUCAAGAGGCACUUUUUGAGCCUGAUACCUCCCAUUCUGCUGCUUUGUGCCGCCUCUCUGACACUCUAUCCCCUGAUAUGCUCGCGUAUCGGCAUAUCUAGCGACCGUUCUAUAGGCUUCGUUGGACGAAGCAUUACGCUGGCAUUAGGAACUCCCACUAUCCAGAAUCUCGACGGCUCGGUCACGAUAAUGGCCGUCACAACCGUGAUAAGUGGUAUCAUUGGUGUUUUAUCAGGAGGUCCGAUGUUGGACCUUUUACGUGUCCCAGAAGACGAUUAUGUGACGCGAGGGGUGACGUUAGGCUGCGAUUGCGGUGCCAUUGCCACGGCAUAUCUUUUGGGAGUAGAUAGAAGGGCCGCCGCGAUCAGUACCUUGUCUUUUGUCUUGUUCGGAGCCUUUAUGGUCAUUUUGAGCGCCGUCGGGGUAAUCAAAGUUUUUGUACAGAAUCUUGCACAGGUAUAA